AGAAGCUUUCCUGCUUUUGACAGACGCAUCAUCGACUUCACCGUGGAAGUAACGACCCCAAAUGUAGGGACAAAGGUGUUUAGGAAACUGCUAUAUUCAAAAAAACCCAAUCCCCUCUCGGUCACCCCCCAACAACUCCUCUAGCACCUGUGUCGUCGAUGUCCAGUUCCUGGGAUCGACAUUCCCCAUCAUCCGCCACCGGCUUUGAUACUUUUGAGGGGGAAAAACCUUGGGCUGCUCAAUUCAACAACCAAGUCAACGGAGAUGAGACACACGCACUAUCCACAAUGGCUACGAAUAUCGACAAUGACGAUGUCGACACCGAAAUCACCGCCGGUCAAAAGAUGCUGUCUGCCAUGUCUGGCAGUUUACUAACAUCACUCCUAGGUAAGUCGCUUUACCUCCCUUUGGCUAGAUCUAUACACUAACAUGUUCAACUCCAGCCACCCCUCUUGACGUAGUUCGGGUUCGACAGCAGUCUCAGCCCACGCCAUCACCUCUUACAACUAUCGCAAAGCCUGCCGCAAAAUCAUCACGUCCCUUCAGCACCCUCCCACCGAAUCUAGGGGUUACAGCAUGCUGUCGAGAAGUCUUCUUCAAUAAUGGCGAAUACUGCUUGGCGGCUCCCAGAAUUGGGGAAAUCAGUCGGUCCUCCGCAGAAUGUAUUGUGGAAGAAACGGAGAGGAAGACGAUCAAUUCAACCUUUGAUGGACUUCGAAAAAUCGCUCGGAAUGAAGGAAUUACAACGCUAUGGAGAGGCCUUUCACCAACAUUGGUCAUGACAGUGCCAGCCAAUAUUAUAUACUUUACGGGAUACGAUUGGUUACGGUAUAAUGACAAGAGUCCCAUCAAAAGGUUGGCUUCGAAUAAUUAUUCUCCCCUCAUUUCAGGAGCAACUGCCAGAAUCUUCGCCGCUGGUAUAGUCAGCCCAAUAGAAAUGUUCCGAACGAGAAUGCAGGCAAGUCGCGCAACUAGUGGUACUCAUUUUUCAGAAACCUUGCAAGCAAUGGGGGAGAUGGUCAAGAGCAAUGGAUACACAUCAUUGUGGCGCGGGUUCACUCUGACACUUUGGCGCGACGUACCCUUCUCAGGUCUAUACUGGUGGGGAUACGAAAGUAUUAGAGGGGCUUUGACAGAAAUGCGCGAACGAAGCCGCGGGAGAAGUGUGGAGAGGGGUGAUCCAAGAGCUCGGGCUAGAUCUAGAACGAGAUCGCAAAGCAGAGAAAACCACAGGAAUACUUUUACCGACAGUUUCUUAGCUGGAGCAACCUCUGGGGCCGUUGCAUCUUUCGUGACCAUGCCAUUUGACGUUGGGAAGACUCGGCGACAAGUUUUUGUGGAUUCUGCUCCUGUAGCGGCCGGUGUGAAGAAAGCAUUGGCACCGGAAGAAAGACCAAUGCCGAGAUUUCUUUUGCACAUAUUUCGAGAAGAAGGCUUUGCUGGGUUAUGGAGGGGAUGGAUCCCACGAACACUCAAAACUGCACCGGCAUGUGCAAUUAUGAUCAGUUCUUACGAAGUUGGGAAGAGGGCUUUCCGAGGCGUUAACGAGAAACGAGAGCGAAAUGCUGGGGCUGUAUGAUACCAAAAAUUCUCACAUCUGGACCGAUGAGGAGAGGCGUUCAACGGGAUUUGAGUUUCAAAAAUAGCGAAUUGGGUGCUGCUUUUAGAAUGUACUGUACUAUUAGAUGAUAGACGCUUGCCAAAUUGUUAAUAUAUUAAUUAC